AUGGGAGAACUUCGCCCAUAUUCCCGACUUCACACUCUUCUUAUCCCUGUAGCAGAAGGCAUGAGCACAAUUCUAAAAGGAAAGGAAAAAUGAUAUAAUUUUUCUCAAAGAUUAAAGGUACCUGUGAUACCUUAUUUAAUGAAUAUUGAUCAUAAUGCACUUUCUGCGCAAACCCUACAGGAAAUAGGACUAAUUGUAAAUGCAAAUCGAAAUAAUAUUAAUCAAAUGUGAGGGUUAUCACUAGCUGCUAGGGGAUUAUUUGGCUGGCUAGCAACUACUUAUGAUUGAUCUAUUACAAUUAGAGAUCGUUUCCCACAGUUUUCAAAUUUUAAAGAAGUUGAUAAACUGGUAGAAAAAGAUUUCUUAGAAUAUAGCUCUUUAUGCACAGUCAUUAUAUGCAUUAAAAUAGCAUGGUGAGCCAGCUUUCCUUCUUAGCACCUGAAGCCAGUAAAUUUAUUAGGAAAGCAGCGACCUUGUGGAUGGACAGCAUUAUAGAAAUCUGUAUUAGCCUAGAUUUUUUUUGCAUGAUCGAGAGAAGCGUUCGGAUUAGCCGAUGCACACUCACAUAUAAUCAAGGUUAACCAGAAAACUUGAUUUUUUGAAUUUUUUGGAAAAGGCAGGCACCUGUGAUGAACAGCAUGGUGAGUCAUUGUCUCUUACUCUCAGAUAGAGAGUGCAAGCCCUCGUACGUGAGGUGCAACAAAGUGAAAGACAGUAUCCUGGUAAACAAGCAGUGGAGCGUAUACGGAGGCGAGUAGUGACCUGCGGGCCUACAAUAAAUUUUUCUAUAAGUAAUUUAAGUUUAAGUUAGAAGCAGUCGUUAAUUCCAUACAAAAUAAAGAAAAAGAGCUAGAUUUAUUAGAAAAUUAUGAGCUUCCAAGAAUUAAUAAACUUUUAGGACUAUAA